AAAGCAACGGAAGCAUCCUCGCAUAUCACGUUUGAGUUACCCAACGAAUGAAGGUAAUGAGAUGGUAAGCAGCCUUUGGGAUGAUCAGUUACCUUUCGAUAGGUAUAGGUAUUUGAGGGUAAAAGAUCAAAUCCUGACAUCUUCAUUGAAGUGAUCCAAUUCAUAUACUUGUCCUCGAGUAUCUCUACAUGGGAAAGAUUUGCCACUUCACAAUCACAUCAACCCCGCAUCACUGAGUUCCUGGAUCUUCCAAGAGAUCGGCCUUGGGGACUUGCUGUGAGGGCUAUCGGAGACCUCCAUCGGCCUAAGCUACUAGAUAAGGAAUAGGCCAAAUAUAGUAUCUUCGCGCUCUUGAAGAAAGAUACACUCUCUCUUUAAAACAAUCUUCUCUUUUCGCUUUUGUUUUCGCCUUCUAAAACUUAAACCAUCUUAAAAAACUAACAUUCGAGAGGCACUGAGUACUUUUGUGGCAGGAAUUAUAUCCUCAAGGGGGACAGUUGGUGAUUUGGAUCCCUCGAUAAACAACCACUCUAUGAGAAAUAUCCUUCUCCCAACUCAAUAUGGCACCCAUUGCCGUUUCUCCAGAACAUUCACCGGACCCUGCAGUUUCCCUUGCUUCCAGAAACUCUCUCUCCUCCGUGACGACCACUUACGAUGAUACCCUCCGUUUUUAUUUGAAUGGCACGCGAGUUGUCCUCGAUGACAUGGACCCCGAGAUUACUCUACUUGAAUACCUUCGCGGCAUAGGUCUUACAGGAACAAAGCUAGGGUGUGCAGAGGGAGGAUGUGGAGCUUGCACGGUGGUUGUUUCUCAAUACAAUCCAACCACCAAGAAAAUAUAUCAUGCAAGCGUGAACGCAUGCUUAGCUCCGUUGGUCAGUGUCGACGGGAAACAUGUUAUAACAAUCGAAGGAAUUGGGAACACAAAGAGGCCGCAUCCUACGCAAGAGAGAAUUGCGAAAGGAAAUGGUAGUCAGUGUGGGUUCUGUACGCCAGGAAUAGUCAUGAGUCUGUAUGCUCUUUUACGGAAUGAUUCGAAUCCCUCCGAGCAUGAAGUAGAAGAAGCAUUCGAUGGAAACCUUUGCAGGUGUACAGGAUAUCGCCCAAUCCUAGAUGCAGCGCAGACCUUUAGUUCUGGGGCUGCAUGUGGCAAAUCUAAAAGAAAUGGUGGAGGUGGGUGUUGUAUGGAUGGCGGAGAAAGUGGUGGGUGCUGUAAGGACGAAUUAAAGGAUGAUCAACCUAUAAAGCGGUUCACACCUCCCGGAUUCAUCGAGUAUAAUCCGGAUACUGAACUCAUAUUUCCCCCGCCACUUAUGAGACAUGAAUUCAAACCCUUGGCUUUUGGGAAUAAAAGAAAGAAGUGGUAUCGUCCAGUAACCAUGGAGCAGCUCUUAGAGAUUAAGAGCGUAUAUCCGUCGGCCAAAAUCAUUGGUGGAAGUACGGAAACGCAAAUAGAAAUUAAAUUCAAGGCUAUGCAAUAUACAGCUUCAGUGUUUGUUGGGGAUAUUCCUGAAUUAAGGCAAUACUCAUUCAAAGACGACCAUCUAGAGAUCGGAGGUAAUGUGAUAUUGACGGAUUUGGAGUCCAUUGUUCAAGAAGCAGAGAAGCACUAUGGGCCCGAAAAGGGUCAAGUAUUCAAGUCAGUAGAUCUAUUUGUCUCAAACUUCUCCUUGGUCUUUCUGCCAUUGAUGCUUUCAUACGUACCAAUGGAAAUCUAUCAUCCUUUCCUCUGGUAGAGCGACGUCAAAUGAAAGCCAUAGAUAACAAAUCCAGUUACAAUGAUACUUCUUUUAUACUAACGACAUCUAUAGAGCCAUUCAUAAGCAAUUGAAAUACUUCGCUGGUCGACAAAUCAGAAAUGUCGGCACGCCCGCAGGAAAUUUAGCUACUGCUUCUCCUAUUUCUGAUCUCAAUCCUGUAUUCGUUGCAUCGAAUGCUAUUUUAGUCGCAAAGUCUUUCGACAAGGAGACGGAAAUUCCCAUGUCUGAAUUCUUCAAAGGUUACAGGUUAACUGCACUAGCACCAGAUGCAAUCAUUGCUAGCAUUCGUAUACCCGUGACGCAAAAGGGAGAAUAUUUAAGAGCAUAUAAGCAAUCGAAACGAAAGGAUGAUGAUAUCGCCAUUGUCAACGCGGCUCUUAGAAUUGCCAUUGAUGGUUCUCAGGUUGUAACUAGCGCAAGUCUGGUAUACGGAGGAAUGGCUCCAACCACGAUUGCGGCUAAAAAGGCUGGUGCUUAUUUGUUGGGCAAGAAAUUUACAGAUCCUGCAACAUUAGAAGGAACCAUGAAUGCCCUAGAAGAGGACUUUAAUCUUAGCUUUAGCGUUCCUGGAGGGAUGGCGACAUAUCGGAAAUCUCUUGCAUUCGGCUUUUUCUAUCGAUUCUACCACGAAAUUCUGUCCAGUUUCGAGAUGAAAGAUUUGGAAGUAGAUGCACAGGUGGUACCGGAGAUUGAACGCAUGAUAUCUUUUGGUAAAGAAGAUAGAGAAGCCACUGUUGCCUACCAACAGAAUGUUCUCGGAAAGGCAAGUCCACACGUAGCUGCAUUAAAGCAAACUUGUGGUGAAGCACAAUAUACCGAUGACAUACCAGUCCAGAAGAACGAGCUAUAUGGGUGCUUAGUUCUAUCGACAAAGGCUCAUGCGAAAAUCACGAGUGUUAAUUAUGCUCCUGCAAUGGAUUUGCCAGGUGUUGUUCAAUAUGUUGAUCAUACAGACAUGCCAAGCCCUGAGGCCAAUUAUUGGGGAGCACCUGUCUGUGACGAAACAUUCUUUGCUGUUGAUGAAGUAUUUACAACAGGCCAACCCAUUGGUAUAGUUCUUGCCGAUAGUGCAGCACAUGCAAGUGCAGGAGCACGGGCUGUCAAAGUCGAAUAUGAAGACUUACCGGCGAUAUUCACAAUGGAAGAAGCUAUUGAAAAAGAAAGUUUUUUUGAUCACUAUCGGUACAUAAAGAAAGGAGAACCAGAAAAGGCAUUUGAAGAAGCAGAUCAUGUCUUUAGUGGUGUUUCUAGAAUUGGUGGGCAAGAGCACUUCUAUUUAGAAACUCAAGCUUGUGUAGCGAUACCUAAAAUUGAGGAUGGAGAAAUGGAAAUCUGGUCUGGAACACAAAAUCCAACAGAAACGUAAGUACAAUCAAAUACUUCCAUAUUCUUUAGCUAACAAUCUGCCAGCCAAACUUAUGUUGCGCAAGUCUGUGAUGUUGCUGCAAACAAGGUUGUGAGUAAAGUCAAGAGACUUGGAGGUGGAUUUGGUGGAAAAGAGACUCGUUCCAUACAACUUUGUGGCAUCGUGUCCCUUGCCGCCAAAAAGACUGGUAGACCAGUUCGUUGUAUGCUCAAUCGUGACGAAGAUAUGAUUACCUCUGGGCAAAGGCAUCCUUUCUUGUCUCGAUGGAAAGUUGCCAUUAAUAAGGAUGGUAAGAUCCAAGCACUUGAUUUAGAUAUGUUCUGCAAUGGAGGAUGGACUCAAGAUCUUUCUGGAGCUGUACUAGAUCGAUCAUUAUCACAUUCCGAUAAUUGUUAUAUGAUUCCUAAUAUUCAUGUCCGAGGUCGUGUUUGCAAGACGAAUACGAUGUCAAAUACUGCAUUCCGAGGAUUUGGUGGACCACAAGGUUUAUUUAUGGCAGAAUCAUACAUUGAGGAAGUUGCAGAUCGCCUCGGUAUGCCAGCAGAAAAACUCAGAGAAAUAAAUUUUUACAAGCCGAACGAGAAAACACAUUUCAACCAAGCUUUAACAGACUGGCAUGUACCACUAAUGUAUAAGCAAGUUCAGGAAGAAUCGAAUUAUGCCGCAAGGCGUGAGGCUAUCACAAAAUUUAACGCAGAACAUAAGUGGAAAAAAAGAGGGCUUGCAAUUGUUCCUACAAAGUUCGGUAUUUCCUUUACAGCACUUUUCCUCAAUCAAGCUGGAGCAUUAGUUCAUAUCUAUCACGACGGAUCCGUUCUUGUAGCUCACGGUGGUACUGAAAUGGGACAGGGUUUGCAUACAAAAAUGAUGAUGGUAGCAGCUGAGGCACUUGGAGUUCCAUUGUCCAAUGUAUUCAUCUCGGAAACGGCCACAAAUACAGUAGCCAAUACGUCAUCAACUGCUGCGUCGGCCUCAUCUGAUUUGAAUGGAUAUGCUAUAUUCAAUGCCUGCGCUCAAAUCAAUGAACGACUUGCUCCAUAUCGAGAGAAAUUUGGCGCAGAUGCCACAAUGAAACAGCUAGCUCAUGCCGCAUACUUUGAUCGUGUCAAUCUUUCCGCAAACGGAUUCUAUAAAACUCCUGAUAUUGGUUAUACCUGGGGUCCAAACACCGGUCAAAUGUUCUUCUACUUUACACAAGGUGUUACAGCGUCAGAAGUUGAAAUUGAUACUUUAACAGGGGAUUGGACAUGUCUACGUUCUGAUAUCAAAAUGGAUGUUGGUCGGUCCAUCAAUCCUUCGAUUGAUUAUGGACAAAUCGAAGGUGCUUUUGUGCAAGGUAUGGGAUUAUUUACCACCGAGGAAUCACUUUGGUUCCGCGCUGGACCAAUGGCAGGACAAUUAGCAACGCGAGGACCUGGUGCAUAUAAGAUUCCGGGAUUUAGAGAUAUUCCUCAAGAGUUUAAUGUUUCUCUACUCAAGGGCGUAGAAUGGGAGGAGCUGAAAACUAUUCAGAGAAGUAGAGGAGUAGGUGAACCACCAUUAUUUAUGGGUAGUGCUGUGUUCUUCGCUAUUAGAGAUGCGUUAAAGGCUGCGAGGAAGGAGUAUGGUGUGACAGCAGAAAUAGGCGAAGAUAUUAAGGAUGGAGGAUUGUUGAGAUUGGAAAGUCCAGCAACGCCGGAGAGGAUUAGGGUUAGUUGUGCGGAUCCAAUUUUGAAGAGAGCGGAAGUAAAGCCGAAGGAGGGAGAGAAGAGUUUUUUCAUAAGUAUUUAGGAUUAUGGAUUGAGGCUGUGGGAACUUGGUGAUGGAUCGUUUCAUGAGGAUUUUUUGGAUUUGGGAUCUUUUACCAGAAACAAUAAGAUUAAUCUUACAUCGUCACUUUUUAUUGCAUUGCUAAGAUAUCAGAAUAUUAAUGUUUGCUUUUGUUUGGAAUCCUUUUUUAUACUUGAAACUGCCGUGAUAUUUAAUGAUUCGAACAAUAGCAAAAGUAAUACUCUUGGUGUCUUGAACGUUCACUCACUUAUAUAUUUCCUAAUAAUGAACACCAAGGGUA